AAUCACUGCUGGCACAGCGGUUGGCCUCUAGCGGUUGCCGGAGCCCUGGUGCUCCACCUCGGUGCACUUGAUGAGUCGCUGGUACGCGUCCAGGAUCUCUACCUCUGUGUUCGUCCGGAGCCGGAAACAAGUCAACCUCGGCUCUAUGCAGUUUGGCGUGGUGGACCAGCCGCAAGUGAACAGGCCCAUCCACCAUCAUCAGUCCAGUCCUCCCCGGUCGUCUAUCGUCAAUUGGAUCCAGUCAAAGAUCCAAUUACACCUCUAGCUGUGGAAAUGCUAGCUGAAGAUUUGCCCGCACUGCUGCAAAAUUUACUGGUCGGAAUCGAACGAGCCAUCUGCCGGGUACCGCUGGAGGAGUUAUCCUUUCCUACUGGAGAGUACGGUACAGCCUCGGUCGCAGAAGAGGCCGAUGAUCGACAGAACAAUAAUGGUACCGUGGUGAAGGAGCCGUCCGAUCGGCAGGACAAGUACAUUUUGAAUCCCGGCACACCGAAAAUUGGACUCAAACGCCGAGAGCUCAUCACAAAGAACAAACUGGUCAAUAACAAAUACGCCAUCAAGCGGAUCACAAUCCCUGCCCCAACAUCACCGUUGUCCACUGGUUACAAUAACAACAACACCGCGCCACUGACCAACUCGAGCACCAGUGGUAAUGUCAGCACUCAUAACAACACCAACGGCAAUGGUUUUAUAGCUCGCAAUGAAACGGUCCAAAAAAGUGAAAAUACUCAGCGAAUCAUCGGUAAUCAGUGUAAUUACGUAUCUGAAAUAGUAACCGAAGGUACCGGGAACGGAAUACAACUGUGCGAUCCGGGUGGUACUACUGGGUCCAGUCUGGGUAAACUUGUGGGCGGCGGAGGAAGCGAUAAUCACCAAUCAGCCUCAUCUGAACCAGCCAGCAUCAACUCGAUGCCAUUAUUCUGCCUCGGCGGAUCGUUUCCUCAUAUCGACAGUGAUGAGGAGAGCGGUGACGAAAUGAAGAAAUGCGAAACAGUGCCAGCCCAUCCCCAUGACAUAGUGGCCCCGAGAUCGAUCCAAGAUCUGCCGGAGAAACUCUUGACGUCCGGAAUUUCGAUACCAGGAACCUUCGACCGGUCAGGCUCCCCGCUGAUAUACAUCGAAGUCGAGAAGGUGCUCGCAUCAGGACUCAACUGUUACGAAAUCGCAACCGUUCUGCUGUAUUACAACACGCUACCUAUCCAAAGCCCUUCGCAGUACUGCAUCCACCUGUUGCUGAGCGAAAGUUCGCAGCUUACGUUUCUCGAAACGCUGGACAGUGCGCUUCAGCUUCUAAGCGGCCAUCUCAAGUUCGGUUCGAUCUACGUGUCCGGUUCGUACGAUCCAGCCGAUAACAAGCACCCACCGAAGGAGCUGAUUCGCAACCUGAACGUGCACAUCAAGUAUCUCAACAAUGAAACAAUCAAAAACUUUGUCGGCACUGACAACCUGCCGAUUCGAUGUUGCGGUUUCUAUGUGCACGAUCAGCGUGAAUGGAUUGACUUCUUCCGUACGCUGGAACCGCUGCAAAUGCAGUGCAUAGAAACCGGUCGCCGGCUGGUUACCGUACUGAACGAUAUUCGCAACCUGGAGACGCAGGGAUCGGUACCAACGCGGAGACAACUGCACUCACAGCACCGUGCCCUCAGCCGAGCUCUGAUGGAUUCCGAACUGCAGAGUCUCCGCCGUAAAGGACCAAAUACCAUACAACGACUUCAGGACAAACUAACCGUUAUCAACAACAAACAAACGCUUAAUCAAACCAAAAAUUUAGUUAAAAUGUGUAGUCUAGAUAGUAGCAAUCGCCUCGUGGGCAAUAGUUUUAACGGAAACCACCACCACAACCACCAUCAGCUGGUGCUGCAGCAGCAGCAACAGCAGCAGCAGCAUCAGCAAAACGUCACCAACGUCAGUGGCGGUGCCGAAAAGGACCUCAUAAAUGCUCGCCUUUGCGAGGUGAUCACCAUCUACCAGGAGGUCGACAGGGCAGCCCGCAAACUGGAACAGCUGACCGAACAAAGGAGAGAAAGACUAAGAGAAAUGACGCGACAGCGCGCACUGGAUGACGAGAUCAAUGAGGUAAUCUCGUGGAUUCGAAACGACGGCAGCCAAUCCCUGCAUAGCUACAAUGAGUCAUCCACGCUGGAGAGCGCUAAUCGUGUCAAAGAAAUUAGUCAGGAAUUUGAAAAGUUUUACUUCAUCUCGAUGAAGCAUAUUACCAAGGGGAAGGAUCUGUACGACGCUUCCGCAGAGCUAGAGAUCCUCAAAGACACCUUAAAAAUGUUGAAAGAUUGCCUCGAUCAGCACAAGGAGCGUCUGGAGCGAACCCGCGAACGUCUCGAAGGAGCCGCUCGACUGCAUUCGCUGAUCGAGGCGCAAUCCCUGGACAAUGCUGUCCAAAUGGAGAUGCUGAAGCUAGCGGAAAAGAUUGACGUUACCUUGUUGACAGAACAAUGCCGGAAGCUGCUUCAAGCCAGUAGUACUAACAGAGAUACCAACACUACCAGUACCAGUGAUAACAUCAGUUUAGAUAUAAGUUUAUCCGAUGAUACGAUCACGGCCACCAGUACGCCGGAGAAGGGAAAAUUCGGGCAGCGUCCUACAGUUUCUGGAUGUGUAUCGGCGUUGAUCGAAUCGAAUGGAACUCGCUGCAAGACGGACCACGUUCACAUCCAUCGACAUCAUCACGAUGAUGACGAAGAAGAACAGUCAAAAAUGGCCGAUUCAGGACUCGGUGGAUGUGAUCGUUGCGAGGGAAACGAAAAACUCGAACGAACCUGUUCGUGUCAAAGCCUCAACGACCCGAAGAAUGGAUGUACCAACGGUGACGAUUUAGAUGAGGACUGCUUUGAAGGAAUGUCAAAACCGUCCCUAGAUCUACAAAUACCGCUACAGGCAAAUGCACACCUGUAUUGUCACGCGUCGAACUUGCAACUGGAUUACGAGGAGAAUAACAUAUUUGACCAGAAGACGCAAAAAACGCUUCUAUUGAUCAUGCGAGAGAUGAUUGGAACAGAACGCGACUACGUGCGAUCGCUGCAGUACGUAAUCGAAAACUACAUGCAAGAACUUCUACGCGAAGACAUACCGCAGGCUUUGCGAGGCCAGCGGAACGUCAUCUUCGGUAACAUCGAACGAAUAUGCGAGUUCCAUCAGCAGCACUUUUUAGGCGAGUUGGAAAGUUGCGAACAUCAUCCGAUGAAGGUUGGUAGUGCGUUCCUUCGUCACGAAUCCAAGUUUUACCUGUACGCAUUGUACAACAAAAAUAAACCAAAGAGUGAUUCUCUGAUGAGCGAGAAUGGAACUCAUUUUUUCAAAGCGAAACAACUGGAGUUGAACGACAAGAUGGAUCUGGCGUCAUAUCUGCUGAAGCCAGUUCAACGGAUGGGAAAGUAUGCCUUGUUGCUGCAGCAGCUGAUGAAAGCUUGUGCUCCUGCUCAGAAUACCGCCAACCCGGAGGUCCUCGAAGAUCUUGAGCAGCUGCAAAAGGCUGAAGAGAUGGUCCGUUUUCAACUGCGGCACGGCAAUGAUUUACUCGCUAUGGACUCCCUUCGAGAUUGUGACGUCAACGUGAAGGAACAAGGUCGUCUGUUACGACAGAACGAGUUUCUUGUAUGGGAAGGUAAAGCCGGAAAGAAAUCAAUACGGCAAGUGUUCCUUUUCGAAGAACUGGUUCUGUUUAGUAAGGCACGGCGAUUUCCUGAUCGGAAGAAUCUAGAUAUUUACAUCUACAAGAACAGCAUUAAAACGUCCGACAUCGGACUGACAGCUCACGUCGGAGAUUCACCGUACAAAUUUGAGAUAUGGUUCCGGAAACGAAAACCGGGUGACACCUGGACUCUGCAAACUAUGAGCGAAGAUAUCAAAAAUGUUUGGACCGAUGAAAUUUCCAAGCUGCUCUGGAAGCAGGCGAAACGGAAUCGGGAAGUUCGUCUUGCCGAGAUGUCUUCGAUGGGUAUCGGCAGUAAACCGUGCCUGGAUAUCCGUCCCAGCCAAGAUCAGAUCAAUGAUCGUUCCAUCAGUAUUUCGUUAUUCGGGAAAACCCCCAAGUUGCGCAACUCAUUCAUCGGAACGCUGCCAGAGUCCAAAAGUUCAAAAAGACCCCAAUCAAUUAUUUCGGUUAGCAGUUCAUCGUCAGGAAGCUCGGUUGUAAGCACCGGGACCAGCUCGACAGCGAGUGGCUGCGAAGGAACAGCCACCACCGGAAGUGGUGUCGGAAGCAGCUCGGCAGUUUCAUCCGGCUGUAGCACUAGCAGUUCCAGCGGAAACAGCACAACCGCAAGUAUCACCACCUGCAAACGUCUCACCCUCAGCAUUACAGACCCCAACGCUCCAGCACCUCUGAAGACCAACUUUAAGAAACAUCAACGAUCGACCACGCUGGUGAGCCAAUGUUCAAUGGAAAGUGGCAUCAUAGCCGAUAUUUCGUUAAGUCCCGAUGAGGUUCUGGAGAAUCCGAUUUGGCCCCAACAGAAAACUCAUACCCAGCUUCGGAAAUCACAUAGCGUUGCAUCCACCAGUCAGGAACAUAACAAAACCACUGAAGAAAAAAUAAAUCCAUCAGCAGAAAGUGAAACUACAACCUCUAGUAGCAGCAACCAUAUUUCCAGCACCGCUAACACCUCCGACACGAUCACCGUUCAUCUUUGAAGAUAGACAACAACGGUUCUGUCUGUUCCUUCACCUUCGAGUGAUCUGUUUUGUACAAAUCCGUAAAAAAAAUCAAACAUAUUUGCUAUACUGUUCGUUAAGUGACAUGUUUUAAUAGACUAUAUUCUACACUAGGAAAAUACAAUGCUUCAUGCACCUGGUAUUUUAUUGAUGAAUCUGAUACAAUUGUGUGUAUUGAGUGUACCUUUGAAAUUACAAUGUAAGCCUCCAGAAAAUAUUCUAAGAAAUAAUCAACCAUUAUCACUUUAAUCAGUUCUUUGAUUGAUUGAUUGAUUUUCCGAAUACAUUUAAGUGAAACUGAAAUUCUAAUUUAUGAGAACAUUAAUCUAGCAUGUACGGAAUGCUUGCAACUAGGGGAUACUGUGAAACCGAACAGCACUAGCAAAUCUGCUGAGAUAGCAUAUUAUACUGUAUAAGGAAGAGAAGCGCUAUAAAUAAAAGAAAAUAUAAAAAUGAAAGCAUUACAUCUACAUAAGUCCGCGAGAAGCCAUUAUUUUGAACCAAUUUCCUUAUUAAGAAUAUACCUAAAAAGCUGAGUUAGAACUGCAGUUACUCGAGAUAAAAAGCUUUAUUUUAAGAUUUAUUGCGGUACGACUAUAAGACAUUUACUAGUAUUCAUUACAUCUACGACAUUAUAUUAUUAUAACGAACAUUCGUAUCUUUUAUUUUACAUUAUUUAACAGAUAAUUUAUGGCGAAAAAGUAUAUAUUAUAGAGCUAAGCAUUUUACUUUUGAAAAAGUAAAAAUAUUGUACCGAUAUUCGCGAUUUG